AUGGCGGCGUCCCUUCUCUGACUCGCAUCAGUGCCUUUAGCAUUCUCCCUUGUCUCCUAGGUUUUCAAGCUUCGGGUGGCUAUGAGCCUCCAGCGUUAGUCGGUGCCACUUCUUCAUGAUGAACUAUCCAUCAUGUCCAGCCUCAAAAUAGGUAGGUUUUAUGAACACCAGGGACCUGUUACAAUGAUCCAGAUCAAUCGGAAAUCAAGAAAAGGAAUACCCAUGCCGGAAGAAUCGUACGUGAUAGCCAAGUACGAUUAUGUGGCUCAGGGAAGUCAGGAACUUGAUGCCAAGAAAAACGAGAGACUUCUGCUCCUCGAUGAUUCUAAGCACUGGUGGAGAGUGCAAAAUGCUCGAGGACAAAACGGAUACGUCCCCAGUAACUACGUGAAACGAGAAAAACCCUCCAUCUUCGAUAGCAUUAAAAAGCGAGUUAAGAAGAGCGGCUCAUCGGCGGGAUCAAAAACACUUCCAUCAUCAUCUUCUGCUUCACCAUCCCAUGAUGUUCCUUCGCCUUCUCCUUCGCCAGUGAGGAGGCCGGUCCCUCCAAUCGAUCCUCGAGAAGGGAUCGGGUAUGCCAUAGUCAAGUACAACUAUACUGCCCAGCAACCUGAUGAACUUCCACUCACGAAGGGAACCCGAAUUCUCAUCUUGGAGAAGUCCAAUGAUGGCUGGUGGAAAGGGCAAUAUGGGAAUCAAAUGGGCUGGUUUCCGAGCAACUACACGAUAGAGGAAGUGGAAGAAUCUGUUCAUACGUAUGCAAGAGCAGAGAAUGUGCUGGACAUCGUUCUCGCCCUCUACAGUUUCACGGCUCGCAACGACCAAGAACUCGGAUUCAGGAAAGGAGAGAAGUUGGAGAUCGUCGACCGACCGGCAUCGGAUCCCGAGUGGUACAAGGCUCGCAAUGCAGCCGGCCAGGUCGGCCUCGUUCCCAGCAACUACCUGAAGGAAGUCGGGGACGGGCACGGGCAUUACGAAGCCGCCGUCAGGAGACGCGGACCCCCGGACGGAAGCUCGAACGUCUCGGGGCCCGUGCCGGAGACCACGCACAACGGGGCCGUCACCGAGGCAGUUCACAAUCUCUCCCAGUUGAACCUGACACCAGACACGAGAGAUAGGCCUCACUUGGCCGGACGGGAGUGGUAUUACGGGAUGAUCACUCGUGCUCAGUGUGAUGCCCUUCUCGGUACAUACGGCCAAGAUGGAGACUUCCUCGUUCGAGACUCCGAGACCAAUGUCGGAGACUAUUCGGUGUCGCUGAAGGCACCGGGACGGAACAAGCACUUUCGUGUCCACGUGGAUGGGAACCUGUACUGCAUCGGACAGAGAAAGUUCCAGAACCUGGACCAACUGGUGGAUCACUACCAGCGCGCUCCCAUCUACACGAGCCAGAAGGGGGAGAAGCUGUAUCUCAUCAGGCCAUUUCCCCGACCCAAUUUCUCCACCUCCAACCCCCCUCCUCCCGUUCCCAUGUGAUCGCUUCACGUGGUCACGUGGCUUCACGUGCAGUACAUACGAACGAUGACCCACGAGGACUCUUCCAUUCAGUACCCUGCACGUGGUACCUCAUACAAUACGUACGGUAUACCACAGAAAUGUUCCGCAGGGGAGGAUUUCGUCAACCUCAUUGUGUCUGAUCUCACAAAGUGUUGUAUGAAUUUAUUCAUCUUUUCCAUUUUUCAUAACCGACUGAUGUUCGUCGUGUGCACGUGAUGAUAUCUUAUACAGGCCCCCGCGGCACGUGUGAAUGUUCUUCGUCUGCAUGGCUUGCUCUAGUCAGCGAAUUAUGUGGUACGUUCGAAGCGUAGCUGAAAGGGUUCGUUUCUCGGUCUGUCGCGAAGGACUCAUAUCUUGUGGGCUUUCACACUCUCCAGUGGCUCAAAUAUUUACUUCGUGGACCGAUCGACUGACCAGUUGUUUGCUUCUCGUUCGUUUAUCGUAUGCGCGUGACUGUCGAAUUUUGUUUCUGUUCUCGAUGACGGCGGCAAUGGUAGCGAAAUAAUAAACUUGGAGCUAUGCAAUACGA